CUCGUGGCGGGAAACAGCUGUUUCCUCCGUGUUUGGUCACCGGUUGGUUGACGUUGACGCUCUACAGAAAGGUUUUUCAGUUUUGUUCUCUGACAUCUUGGUUGUGAUGUCUGAAGGCCGUCUCCACGCAAGAAAACGUGCUUCCCGCGAAAACACUGGAAGGCGUACCAUCAAAGACGGUGACACUCCACCUUGUUCGCCCGUAAAGAAAGCGAAGCAAAACCUCGCAGAUGUACGGAGCAAUCGCAUUCUGGGUCGAACUGAAGAGUUCCGUGUUCUCACCGAAUUUUUGAGCAGCCAUCUCGAAACGAACACACCUGGGAGUAUGUACAUUUCUGGGGCACCGGGAACGGGCAAGACCGCCUGCCUCAUGAACGUUUUGGACGACUACGCAAAGGCACAGCGCAAGUUUACCUCCGUGUUUAUCAAUUGCAUGGCAUUGACCAAUAGCACUAGCAUAUACGACAAGGUGAUUCAAAGUUGCGGUAAGACUGGAAGUGGCCUGGAGCUCCUCAAGAAACUGGUAACCUCAAAAGGCCAACCUAUCGUCAUUGUCCUGGACGAAAUAGACCAGUUGGACAAUCGGAACGUCCUGUAUUCUCUCUUGGAACUGCCUCAGCUCAACAACUCUCGUUUGAUACUCUUUGGCAUCGCCAACGCCCUGGACUUGACGGACCGCAUUGUGCCGCACCUGCAAGCGUACGGCUGCAAACCCCGACUGUUGCACUUUUCACCGUACACACAACGGGAGAUAGAAUCCAUCUUGAGCGACCGCCUGCAUGAGUGGAGCACGGUGGUCCAACCCGUGGCCCUUGAGCUGUGUGCUCGCAAGGUGGCUGCCUGCACCGGGGACGUGCGCAAGGCACUCGACAUUUGCAGGAGAGCGAUACAAGUCGCCGUCCUGUCCCCAAGACCCGAGCACGGCUACAACAGUGGAUCUCCGCGUAAAUCCUCUCAGCCGAGGGUGGGCGUGUCACAUAUUUUGGCCGUCAUCUCGAGCGGGGAUCUCACCGGAGCUGCCACUGACCUGCCCCUGCAGCAGAAACUCUUGCUCUGCGCCAUUCUGGUCACCAUCAAGUCGAGGAAGUUACGAGACAUUCCUCAGGGAAAGCUUCAGGAAGCGUAUUGCCGCAUCUGCAAGAAGCACCAGGUGUUCGUGGACCAGUCAGAUUUCCAGUCGCUGUGUACGCUACUAGAAGCUCGCGGGCUUAUUAGGAUCAAGAAACACAAGGAAGCACGCUUGUGCAAGGUGACACUCUGCAUUGACGAAACUCAAGUGGAACAUGUUUUAGAAGACAAGGCGUUGCUCGCAAGUUGUUUAGCUGAUCAUGGCACAUUUUAGGGAGCGUUUCUGCACAUUUCAUUCUGCUCAACAGAUUUUGUAACUAAACAUCUUGUCAUGGAUGCAUCACAACUUGCUCUUUUACCUGUUUCUUAAUAACUGAAAGAAUAUCAAGUUGCUUCUAAGGAUCGUUAAAUAAAGGCACAAUAUUUAUGAAUCAU